CAUCAUUCCAACGGACACAACACAUCUCGGGCCGCAGUGAGAACGAUGGAUGGACAAAUUCAACUUGUUCGAUCUGUGACUAAAUAGGCCUUAUGAGAUAUAGGUUGAACGCUGACAUUGAGCUCAGGCGAAGCAACGAGAACAACACCACUCUGGUUUCCUUCAUGUCACGACACAGUCAGCCGGAAAGUUGGGCAGCAAGCAGCAGCGAUGACCGUAACGUAUUCGCGCAGGGUUGCUGAUGCAGGUCUGGGGACCUUCUUUCAUCUGCUCCUGCGAUGGAAAGGCAGCAUCUACAAACUGCUCUACAGAGAGCUCAUCAUCUUCACUCUUCUCUACUACUUCUUCAGUAUUGUUUAUAGGUUUGUGUUAACUGAUGACCAGAGGAGGCUGUUUGAGAAGUUCUCAAUAUACUGUGACCGCUAUGCAGAGCUCAUCCCUGUGUCCUUCGUGCUCGGUUUCUAUGUCACCCUGGUCGUGUCCCGUUGGUGGGGCCAGUUUGAGAACGUCCCCUGGCCAGACCGCCUGGCAGCAUUAGUGGGCGGCCAUGUGCGUGGAGACGACGAGGCCUCAAGGCUGACCCGACGAACUCUGAUGCGAUACGCCAACCUCUCUGGUGUGCUGAUCUACCGCUCUGUCAGCACAGCCGUCUACAAGAGGUUCCCCACCAUGGAGCACGUGGUGCAGGCAGGGUUGAUGACGUCGGAGGAGCUCAGGCAUCUGGAGGAACUGCGCUCUCCUCACAACAAGUUCUGGGUUCCCUGCAUGUGGUUUGUCAGCCUGGCUCUGAGGGCUCGGACUGAGGGUCGCAUCAACAACGACGUUGCACUCACAGCCAUUCUCACUGAGUUGAAUAGUUUACGGGCAAAGUGUAUGAAGCUGUACGGCUACGACUGGAUCAGCCUGCCUCUUGUCUAUACUCAGGUGGCGACAGUGGCGGUCUACAGUUUCUUCCUGGCUUGUCUGAUUGGCCGUCAGUUCUUGGAUCCAGCUCAGGGUUACUCAGGUCACGAUCUGGACUUCUAUCUGCCUGUCUUCACCCUGCUGCAGUUUUUCUUCUAUGUUGGUUGGCUGAAGGUGGCUGAGCAACUCAUAAAUCCUUUUGGUGAAGAUGAUGAUGACUUUGAAACUAACUGGCUCGUUGAUCGUAAUUUACAGGUGUCCUUGCUGUCUGUGGAUGAGAUGUACGACAGCUUGCCGCUUGUUGAGAGGGAUAUGUACUGGAAUGAGUCUGAACCUCAGCCUCCCUACACUGCUGCCAGUGCUGAACAUCGCAAACCGUCCUUCAUGGGCUCAGCACUAGACAUCAGUGUUCCUAAGGAAGAGAUGGAGUUUCAGUCCAAUCUGGAGCAAAUUAAAGAACACGAGGAAGCCAACUACUCAACCCCGCUGCUUGGAGGGCUGGGUCGUCUCCUCGGUGUCCAGUCUCCUAACUUCCCUCGCUCCUCCCGGGUCUCUCUGCUUCGCCGCCGUCCUGGAGCUCCUCUGAGCCGCUUCCCUCUGUACCUGCACCCAGAGAAUCCUAGUCAGAGUCGUCAUCCUUUCAAUCGUGAGGGAGAUCCAGACUAUGCCUUCUCCACCAUGCCCUUGUAUGAGCGACCGGGUUUCUACAGCUGCCCACAAACUCCCAUUCACUGCGUACCCCCAACACUGCAGCGCCCUCGACCUGCCCGGCGAAAUCAGAACGAGUGGGACCGCAGCUGCAGCUCCCUCGCUCCUCCAAUGGCGGGCUCACAGCUGCUGCCUCCAGACACUCCCAACCACAUCCCCCAACCGCCAUCCUCUGCUUUCCCCUGGCUCAGUGGUGAUGGCGAGAUGCCCACUGCCCCUACCUUCUCUUUCCCUGACCCUCCACCUCAACUCUGCCCCAUAUCCAAAAUCAGACCCGGACAAGGCCUGCUGUCUCGCCGACCUCCACCUCCCCGCUUGACUCUGGAUACCAUCCACUCAGCUGACAACCAUCCUGGACCUCAAAGUGCUCGGGCGGCCGGGAACGGAGCAGAAAGGGUGUUCUCAUUCACUCCUCCCUCUCGCACAGCGGCAGCAAAUCCCAAUAAUCCCACCAGCAGCUCUGGCAGCAUUAACGCAACAAGCACCAAUAGCGCUGGCACAACAGGAAGUCUUUGCAACGGUACAAGUCAAACUAAUUUUAGCAACCAAGGGAACUUCAGCACCAGCAUGAGGGCCAGCAACGGGGGUACCAACGGCGGGCUGAGCAACAACAUGAACGCAGUUUCCACUUCAGCGUCAGCGCAGCAGGAAACCAAUGAGCAACACUCACCCAAUGAUUCAGGAAUAUCAUUGGCUGAAGGGGAUCUGCUGGGCGUUCUGGUGGACAGUGGCAUGAACAAAGCGGCAGGAGAGAGAGAGGACUGAGAAAACAAGGUGUGCCAGACUGCUUUGUGUCACAUUUGGCAUUCAAAAUAUUUCACACAAACAUGUUCUAUGUUACAUCUGAACUGCAAUACAGUCCUCUGGAGGCCGACACAAAAAUGAGAAGUAUUUGUUUGACACACUGAGUUAAUCUGUAACUUCUGUUAAGCUCUUAUCGAACAAUAAAUACUUAUAAGGCAAAAAGCACAUUUUGAGAUUUAACCGCCAACAUUUGAAGGAAAAUUAAGAAACAAUUUCUAUUUUCUUCUGCAGCUCAAGGACAAAAAGUCAAUCCUGUAUAUCCGUACAUAAAGUAGUCUUAUUAGAAUUGUGUCCAUCAGUGUACUCUUUAAUAAAUAUUACAUGUCAUGUUAUGUUUCCUUUGUUUUUUUCAAUAAAAAAAUGAAACUGGGAUUACCUUUUACAUUUUUAUGUUGUUAUACAAGGAUGUCAAC